CACCUCAGCGAGAUUACUCAUUUGAUGUCGUUUCCAAGAUGAGGCAAUUCUACUUCCUGUGAGCAAAAUAUCCACAAACUGAGAGACGCAGAGCAGUCGGUGUGAGGAAGUCUGUUGUUGUCUCUUCUGUUUCGCUGUACCUGCUGUCACGGAUGCCUCAGUCUGUCGUCUAAACGUCUGGACAUGAACAUCUUUCAAGAGUCCUGCUGCUCCAUUUUAGGAGUUCUCCUGGUUUUCCUUCUGCAAGGGUCAUGUGCGGAUCCAGAUGUUGAGGUGCACAAAGCUGUUGGAGACUCACUGGAAUUAAUCGCUGAUUAUCCAAAAAAAGAUCUUGAAGUGCAGUGGAAAUAUAAUCUGAUUAUAUUUGCUGAGUAUCAAAAUUCUAAUUUACAAAAAGUGAAAUCUGAAUCAUUUAAUGGCAGGUUAAAGAUGAAUAAGGAUAAUAUUAGUGUAACAGUAACAGACCUUAAACUGCAGGAUUCUGGAAGAUUCUCUAUUGUUGCAGUAGGAAAAUCUGAACAAUAUGACACAAAAGUCUUUGUACUUCAUGUUCAUGAGCUUAUCAGAGAGGUAAAGAUUGAGUACAGUCAUUUCUGGCUGCAAUCAAAAAACAUCUGCAUGUUUCAUCUUCGGUGUCUGGCGUCUGGAGAUCCGAAUCCAUCCUACAGCUGGAUCAGUCAUCAGACUCGAGGAUCACACCUGAAUAUCAGCCUCGGUUUAGCAGAGAACGCUAUACUCAACUGCACAGCCAACAACACCGUCAGCAUCAAGUAUACCACUGAGACUGUAGUGUGCACAGAGAAAUCUGACAGUUCAACUACAUCAGAUGCAGGUUUUCGUCAGGAGUAUUUGCUGAUCGCGGUAGGCGUCGGUAUCGUCGCAGUCAUUAUAUUGAGUGGAACAGUCGCUGUGUGCUGCAGGUGGAGGAAGAAUAAAGGACAAGGAGAAAGUGAAGCUGGUAUUACAGUCUAUGAAGACGUGAACACUGCAAAGAAACGAUCUGAAAGUGUUGUAAACGGGAUGUCCAUUUAUGAAACGGUGAAUGACAUAAAACUCUCACAAGACUUGCCUCAAACCCUGUAUGACAAAGUCAACUACCAGCGUCAGCCUGUUGUCAGAGCCAGCACUUCCUCCCCUUACCAGGAAGUCCUGUGAGUGUGAGACAGACAGACGGUUCUUGUAUUGUUUUGUCAUCUUAUAUCUGGAUUGAGUUAACCAGCCUCCCAUAUGUAUUAUUGGCUGCAUCAUUUGACCUUUGAACUCUUGCAUUAAAUGCACUGUGCAUUCAAGGUAUCAUG